AUGGUCUUUCACUUGACGCAGCUACAGCGUCUCUCGCUUGUGAUCGGUAUCUCACUUUGUUUCUUCAUUGCUGAAAUUUCAGUUGGAUUUUACACGAAAUCUCUCGCCCUGGUGGCUGACGCAUUCCAUUAUCUCAAUGAUAUCAUCGGGUUCAUCGUGGCAUUUGCUGCUGUGAAGAUAUCAUCGAAGAAGGAGUCACCAAAAGACCUAUCCUUUGGCUGGCAGCGAGCUCGCCUCCUGGGGGCGUUUUUCAACGGUGUUUUUCUUCUCGCCCUCGGUGUCAGUAUCUUCCUACAGUCCAUCGAGCGCUUUAUCAGCCCACAAGAGGUUGAGCGUCCAAAGCUGGUCCUUAUUAUCGGCUGUGUUGGGCUUGCGCUGAAUAUACUGAGCGCGUCUUUCCUUCACGAACACAGCCAUUCCCAUGAUACAAUCCCCGGCGGAAGUCUAGAUGCAAGCGCCGAGAGCGGGAUAAACGAGGCUUACGCCUUCCAUACCGGCCAUAGACAUAAUAACCUCCAAGCCCAAAAGAAGGGAUACGAUCUCGGGUUGCUCGGUGUUUUCAUCCAUGUCCUUGGCGAUGCCUUCAAUAACAUCGGGGUCAUUAUUUCUGCCUUGAUUAUCUGGCUCACCAGUUCUGCCUCCCGGUACUAUGCAGACCCGGCCAUUAGUAUGGCGAUCGCCUUCAUGAUCAUGGGAACAUCUGUCCCCCUCGUGAGGAAUUCCGGACUUAUUCUGCUGGACAGUGUUCCAAAGGGAAUCGAUCUGAACGAUGUCAAACAUGACCUUGAACUGUUACCCGAGGUUUCAUCCGUCCACGAGCUGCACGCCUGGCGCCUGAACCAGGAAAAGGCUCUGGCUUCCGUACACGUCGGCCUGCCCGAUAUUCGCAUCUCAGAGUUCGUGAAACUUGCCAAGACCAUGAACGAGUGCUUCCACAGCUAUGGUAUCCAUUCGGCGAUUGUGCAACCGGAACUUAUCCAGACGGUGGAGGACACCACCAAGAGGGCUGAAGGGAAAUCCGAUUCCUGUCAAAUUACCUGCGGCUCUUCCUGUGAACUGCUUACCUGCUGUGGCUAA